AUGCUCGGAUCGGACACCCCUGCCGCGUCAUAUGCUUCUUUUGCCUUUGAAUCUUUUGAGUUCACUAAGAGUCCUGUACCGUCUUUCUUCCCGCAUCCCCCCUCCCUCCCCACCACCGUCCUGCAUGCGUUUCCCGUUUCACUGUGUGUCUUGGAGGUGCAGGGGGAGGAGGGGGAGGAGGAGGAGGAUGAGGUGGAAAGAUUGCGACAGAAAUGGGGGAGGGGGAUGAGGGGAAGAGGGCCGCGGACGGGCCAAUGGGAAGCUGACAAGUGGCAGCGGUGGAGGCGGCAUCGGGAGAGGGUGGAGAGGAUGAGGAUGAGGGAGGAGGCGUUGGAGAGAGCGAGAGAGAGAGUGAGGGAGCGAGUGAGGGAGUUGGAGAGGGAGAGGGAGCGGAGGAGGGCGGAAGGGUUGAGGAGGGCGUGGGAGGAGGCCGCGAGAGGGGGAGGAGGAGGAGGGAAUGGAGAACGGAGGGGUGCAGAACGGUUCAGUAGUCGCAGUGGCCACGAUCCCCGCAGUGCCUAUUUCAGUGGUUCGUUCUACAGAGGAGGAGGAGGGGGUGAUAGCGGUGGCUUGGACGAGAACGAGGAUUAUGAGGGGAAUGAGGAGGAGGAGGAGAGGGAGUUUCAGGAGUGGCUGAGAGAGAGGAUUCGCAUGCGACGGGCCCAGGAUGAGGCGGAGGAGAGGAGAACCGGGAAGAGAAUCCACACCCAGCAGCAACAGCAGCAGCAGCAGCAGCAGCAGCAGUCGCCCCACACUCCCUCACCCUCCUCCCCCCACCACGCCCCAUCAUCUCCCCUCCCCGCCUCCACUCCUUCAGCUCCUGCCGCCCCUCCUCCCACCGCCCCGCUCGCCCUUACUUUCUCCGACAUCCCCUGGCCUCCUCCUGGGAACCCUUUGUUUCUGGAGCCUGGGGAUGGGCGGGCAGAGGCGGACAGGAAGAUGCGGCGCGCUCUGCUGGUGUGGCACCCGGAUAAGUUCCGCGCUCACUGCGGCCCACACUUAGCUAAGAGUGACCGCGGAAGGAUUGAGACGGCGGCUGCGGCGGUGGCUGCAGGGGCCGCGGUGGUGGCUGCAGGGUUUGAUGAAGCAGCACGCGCAGCAGAAGAGGGCUUGAGGGUAGACGGGUGGGAGGUGACCUUUGAGGCGUCUCAAAAGGUGAUGCGGCAGCAUGCACAGCAGAAGAGGGCUGGAGGCGCGAGGGAUGGGAAGGAGGGGAGAGUGGAGAUGGAAUGGUUGCGUGUGCUGCAGGGGUGA